CCCCACUCUCACCCGCCUACGAAAGAAGCCCCAUACCCAUAGUAGCCCAUUUCACAAACACAAAGAACAUCCUUAAUCCUUGCUGCCCUCUUCUGAACCCCCAUACCCGUCCUCUAUAUCCCACGCUCCCCACGCUCCUUUGAAUCUACCAACCCUCACACCUUCAUUCUCUCCAAAUCAACUUCCUCAAACUCCUCAACUCACGCUGCAAACGGUUGCCACCUCUAGCAUCCUCUCCUCGCACUCUUAUCAACAUUGUCGAGAGACAUAAUUGAGACAUCACCAAUUUGCCAAGGGCUUGGGUUCUUACAUUUCACCAGCACCGCCACCAAUCGAUCGUCAUCUGGGGAUACAGAACCGGAGGAUCACCUUUGCUCAACGGUCUUCAACGGUCAUCCGCGCGUACGAUCAACACAUUUUCGGCCUCAGCCAAGAUUUUGCUCUUAUCUACGUCCUUUUGAACGACGCAAAUAGCCCUUUGGAUCAUUAAUCCAUAUCCGCAAUGUCGAGGAACCUAUUAUAGCACAACGGUCCUCAGGGACGCCCCAAAGUAUAGUAUAACUCGACGACGAGCACAUACAUACCACUCCGACGACUAUAAAAGCGUCAGGCGGUCUUUUUGUCUCCAUAUCUCAGCAGACACCAUUUCAGCCUUACAACGCACUGUUCGAACUUGUCUUGCUGCGGAGCAUAUCUUGCUAUCAUAUAGCCUUAUAACAAGCGACGACGCUGUUACAGACUCUUUAUAUUCACAUCAUCAAGACCUCUAGCAACAAUGCCGAGAGAUACUGUUCGCCUCCUCGACGAGGACGACCUCAUCAGAUGGCGCGAAGGAACCAUGACGGCCCUCCCUUCAAAGGACGAGCCCGGAGGUGCCCACGACGCCAUCACCCAUUCCAACCUCUCCUCUGCGAAACUACCAACCCUCACCGACUUCCACAAGGCCAACAUCCAGCUUCGGGCCGAUACCAAGACAUCACUACUCACAAAGGCGCUGCAGCCAAGCCAAGACGAUAACAACGAUGAGACCUACAUGGCCAUUGAUAUGGCACGCAACCGUUCGUCGAGAAGCACAACGAGCAGCGCAUCCACGGCAGAUCUCACUUCCGAUGGAGGCCUCACCAGCCCUACACGAACAAGCACUCCGAGUCCCCCGUUUCCACCUUCCAGUUACAUGUCCUUGGCACCUUAUACGUUAGGACCUAAACUGUCACAAACCGCAUUCGCCCGGACACAGCAGAAGGGUCAGGACCCCGCCCUAGCGCAACAGGUGGCAGCGGCGGCCGUUCCGAAACCCGAUCCUGCUGUGGAAGCUCUCGUCAAGAAGCGAUGCAUCUCAUUUGCUUGUGCUGCUCAGAAGCCGCUCGACUUCAUCAAGUCAACACCUUCCACCACCCAUGCCAAGAACGCAACUAGUACGACGACGACAACUGCGCCAAAACGCACAAUCAAAUUUGCCUGUAACGGCCCGCAACCAGAUAGGCAGGCCGUUAAGGUCGUUGAACCUGCCAAGAUCGCUCGGCUCACAGCCACUCCUGCGUCCCCAGCCAAGCCUGGACGUCACACCAUCCGGUCGCCUACGUUGUCGAGAAAACUGCGCUCUUCCACACCUCAGCCGAAGGCUCACCGUGAUUCGACAUCGACCAUUCGUCGGGCGUCACAGAGCCCAGCUGCGGUGCGCAGCCGCAAGCCGAAAUACAUCGUUGCUGACGAGGAGGCCCUCGAGUCAUCUGAAGCUACGCGUUUCCACGAGUUUGCUAGCGAUGAGCCGCAGGAGGAUGACUGGAUUCGCAAGGACACGUCUACCAUCAAGGGAAAGCUGACCAUUCACGACACCCUCAAGAAGGAAAACGCCAUCCGGCAGCUUGGCAAGGAAGCUGAGGAGGAGGCUCUUGAGGAUGACGAGGAUGAUGAUGAUGAUGACGAGGGGAACGACGAUGACGAUGACGAUGAGAACGAUGAUGACGACGACGACGACGAUGAGGACGACGAUGAGGAUGAUGAGGAUGAUGAGGAUGACAACACCGUGGAUGGCUCGGAUGUUGACCUUGACGCCUCCGACGGCAACGAGACCGAUAACGAGGCCGGAUUCGCAGACUCAGAUGAGGAAAGCGACCGUGGCGGAGAAUUCCACUUCUGGUCUCCUGGGAUGUCGACUGGCGAGGCCAGCGCAUUCAGGUCGACAGGUCGCAGAGCACCGUCCGAGUCAUCCAUCGAUUCUCUGAGCCACAUGAGCCCCACUCUCAAUAGAAAGGGAGGGCCCCGCAAAUCAAAGGGAACCCGCAAGAUCAGGAUUCGCCCUGGCACUCCUGAUCUUCCUGACAGCACUGACUUCGUCUGUGGUACUCUUGACGAGGACAGGCCGUUGGAAGAGGCCUACGUCUCCUGCAUGGAAGCCCGCAAGCGCGAGAAGCGCCACGUCAUUCCCCAAGACAUCGAUCCUAGUUUCCCCACCUCCGAUCCCGAGGACGAGGAAGACGAGAACGACGAAGCGGAGAAGCCAAACGAUAGCGACGAGGGUAUCUGGCUUCAUGGCAAGUUUGAGGACUCGGAAUCCGAAACCCGCCACAGACGAAGCCGCACUCGCAAGUCUCCCAAGCACUCUCCGAAACGUCUCGUCUCGCCGCCUCCGCAGAAAUACCGUUCUCCUCCAGCAACGACUACACGUCGCUCUCCUCGCCUCCGCUCCCCUCCACCUCGUCGCGCUAAGUCGCCGCCGCCGCGCCGCGCGAAGUCACCACCUCCAGCUCGUGCUCGCGCCGUCAAGUGGCCAACGGCAUCAGCUAGCAUUUCCUUCGCGCCCAUACCCAACCGCCCGGACCCUACACACACCAAGUCCCUCCCCCGCCGCCCUAACGCAUUCUGCCAACAAUACCGCGCCGCGCAGCUCGCCUUUGCGAAUGACGAGGAUAACGAUAAUAACACCGAUGGGUAUACCCGCGGCGCUAUCGAUAUUGUCAAAGGCCUAGAGCAGAAGAGGCAGAGGAGGAAGGAUAAGUUCUUCUCGAAGCUGUGUAAUCGCGCACGCAAGGGGCAGCAGGUGGAACGCAGACCGCAGCCCGGGAAGGGGGCGGAGAGGAUGAGGGAAUUGGGAUUGCAGAUGGCGGGGAAGACGGUGGAUUAUAGAGGGGCGAAUGCGGAGUACGUUUUGUCGGUUUGA